AGCGGAGGUGGGAUCUGACUUGGACAGCUGGCCCAGCUGCCCCUCCCUCCGCCUCCUCCCUUGUGCCUGGGCGCUGGAGCGGCAGCAGUGAGCUGGCUCGGGCUGCACAAGACGAAGAAGGCGACGCGAUGGUGACACGGGCCCGGCCCUUGAGUGCGAGCUGCCGCGCCUGUCAGCAUGAGUGAGACCCCGCCGCGCCUUCACUGCUCGGUGCUCAGCUGCUUCGGUGAUGAGCCCCCCAGUCUAGAAUAUAUUCAGGCCAAGGAUCUCUUUCCACCAAGGGAACUUGUAAAGGAGGAGGACAAACUGCAGGUACCAUUCCCAGUGCUGCCGGGGGAAGGAGUGGAGUAUUUAGGAAGCGCAAAUGAUGCUGUCAUAGCUAUCUCUAAUUAUCGUUUGCACAUCAAGUUUAAAGAUUCUGUUAUCAAUGUGCCUUUAAGGAUGAUUGAGACAGUGGAGAGUCGGGAUAUGUUCCAGCUGCAGAUAAUAUGCAAGGAUUCUAAAGUAGUCAGGUGCCACUUUUCCACAUUUAAGCAAUGCCAGGAAUGGCUGAAGCGACUAGGCAGAGCGACAUUUCGUCCAGCAAAACAAGAAGAUCUUUUUGCAUUUGCUUAUCAUGCCUGGUGCCAGGGGGUAUGCAUAGAUGAGGAGGAGCCUCUGAUACACCUUUGUCGUCCUGGAGACCAUGUGAAGUCCCGAUUUCAGAUAGAACUUGUACGCAUGGGGUUUGACUUGCAAAAUGCUUGGAGAGUGUCUGAGAUCAACAACAACUACAAACUCUGCCCAAGCUAUCCUCAGAAGCUUCUUGUGCCAGUUUGGAUCACGGAUAAGGAAUUAGAGAAUGUUGCUUCCUUCAGAUCAUGGAAACGCAUCCCUGUUGUUGUGUACAGGCAUACACGCACAGGAGCAGUGAUUGCACGGUGCAGCCAGCCUGAGAUUAGCUGGUGGGGCUGGCGUAAUGCAGAUGACGAAUAUCUUGUAACUUCUAUUGCGAAAGCCUGUGCUCUGAAUCCAGCAGUACGUACGCCUAAUGGAAACCCCUCUAACAAAGGCAUCAGUGAUGGAAGUGACAAUUCAGACACCGACUUUGAUUCUUCCUUGACAGCCUGCCCUGUUGAUGGUGGAGGUGUACCUCAGAAACUACUCAUAGUAGAUGCCAGGUCUUACACAGCUGCUGUGGCCAACCGAGCAAAAGGAGGCGGAUGUGAAUGUGAAGAAUAUUAUCCAAACUGUGAAGUGGCAUUCAUGGGAAUGGCUAAUAUCCACUCAAUUCGGAACAGCUUUCAAUACCUUAGAGCUGUGUGUAACCAGGUUCCAGACCCAGGAAACUGGCUCUCAGCACUGGAAAGCACAAAGUGGCUACAGCACCUGUCUGCCAUGUUGAAAGCAGCAACAGUUGUGGCUAAUGCAGUGGACAGGGAAGGGCGGCCCGUGCUGGUUCAUUGCUCAGAUGGAUGGGACAGAACACCGCAGAUCGUAUCUCUGGCAAAACUUCUGCUGGAUCCAUAUUAUCGAACUUUAGAAGGAUUCCAGGUAUUGGUUGAAACGGAUUGGUUAGAUUACGGUCAUAAGUUUGCCGACCGAUGUGGCCAUCAGGAAAAUACAGAAGAUCAAAAUGAACAAUGUCCAGUCUUCCUGCAGUGGCUAGAUUGUAUCCAUCAGCUGCUACUCCAGUUCCCAUGUCACUUUGAGUUUAACCAUGCUUUUCUGGUGAAACUAGUGCAACACACAUAUUCAUGCCUGUAUGGAACCUUCCUUGCCAACAACUUGUGUGAGCGAGAGAUGCGCAACAUUUACAAGAGAACUUGCUCAGUUUGGUCCCUGCUUAGGACCGGCAACAAAAAUUUUCACAACUUAUUGUACAUGCCUGGAAGUGAUCUGGUUCUGCACCCAGUUUGUCAUGUUCGAGCUCUUCAUCUUUGGACAGCUGUGUAUCUGCCAACAACAUCACCUUGUACUCCUAUGGAUGAUAGGAUGGAAAUGUAUCUUACCCCUGCUUCCCAGGGACCAGAGUUUAAUGCCAGAUCCCUCGACAGGUUACCAAAAACCCGAUCAAUGGACAAUCUUCUGACUGCGUGUGACAGCGGGGGACUACUGACACGCACAUCUAGUGACCCCAACCUUAAUAACCAUCAGGGCAGCCUAGAGCCAUGCAGUUCCAACAAGGAGGGUAAUGAGACUGAAAUUUGUGAUAUGCAGCAGCAGGUUUUAUCGACCGAGCCCAAGAAAGAAGAUGGAAAUGAGGGUAAAAGCGCCGACUGUGAAAAUGAGGAGACAGGAGUUGCUCGAAUUCCAAAAAAUCAACAAAAUGCUCUUAACAAUAUUUUAUCAAUCGCCAAAGCAGAUUCUGUAGAUUGCAAAUGCGAUAAUUUUAAAUCUGUUCAGGAAAACAGUUCUGUUAUAGCAGUGCCAAGCAAUGAAGGGACAAUCGCUGACAAUAGCCACAGUAAUGGCACCUCAGAGCACCUCCCAGUUCCAGCCUUGGUUAAAAAUGGAUCUGUUCAAAACAAGUCCUGUGUAAAUGUUAGCAAAGCUAUGAAACUCUCUACUGAAUUGUCUAGGACUGACAAAAAGCCUGUGUUUCAAGCACAGCCAGACGAAUUCUCUUUAUUUGCAUCCAACUGGGACAGUUUACCGGGUCUGAUGAGAUCUGUUCCUCUCUGUGAGGUUGCUCUGCGACGCCCUCUCUCCUAUGACUGUUCUACAAGGAGUCAGCACAACAGGAACGGAAGACAUACUACCAAACUAACCGCAAACUUGCCUGCCUCUUUUCACUGCCCUGGGCCCUUUAAUAGAAGCUCCAGGUGUGUGAUGACUUGUCAUGCAAAGCAGGUACAGAGCGGCAGAUUCUUGCCUUUGGCAUGUCCAUCCCCAGCUCCACUCAUUUACCAGGAUGAUGAUGGUUUGCCAAUUCCCAGUGAUGUGGUACAGCAGAGACUCCGGCAAAUGGAAGCAAGUUACAAACAAGAAGUAGAUCUGCUUCGACGGCAGGUGUGGGAAUUGCAGCUCCAGUUGGAGAUCCGUCAGUAUUGUGCUCCACCUUCUGAACCAGAAGCAGACUAUGAAGAUGAUUUUACUUGUGUAAAAGAGUCUGAUGGUAGCGAUAUGGAUGACCUCUAUUCAGAUAAGAGUGAAGACCGACUCUCUGAAGCAAGUUGGGAGCCAGUGGAUAAAAAGGAAACUGAGGUAACAAGAUGGGUUCCUGAUCACAUGGCUUCACAUUGCUUUAACUGUGACUGUGAAUUCUGGCUGGCAAAACGUAGGCAUCACUGCAGAAAUUGUGGUAAUGUGUUCUGUGCAGCCUGUUGCCAUUUGAAGCUCCCCAUACCUGACCAGCAGCUGUAUGACCCUGUGCUUGUGUGCAACACGUGCUAUGAUCACAUCCAAGUGUCCCGUGCAAGGGAACUUAUGUCUCAGCAGCUGAAGAAACCCCUCACUGCAGCCUCAAGCUGAACGCUAACUUACAAUCCGUUUUGUUUUUGCUCCUCUUUUUGUUUUCUGCCACGAAGAUGAUGAUUUAAGAGGAAGACGUGUGUCGGUACUCGGCCGCAUGCCUGUGAAUAUCUUCAGUGACGAGCAGCAGGCUGGCCUACUCUAGCAUUAUAUUGCUACACUGAGGCAGGUUCUCUUCCGCCAUACCCCCCCCCCCCCCGGGAAAUGCAGUUGCAACCCAUAUCCCAUAAUAAUUCCGCCAAUGUUCAUACAUCGGUUAUAGUGAGAGCUUAGUGUCGAGAAACGAAAAUGUUUUCCAGAGUGACAAGAGAAGAGUAGUGACGUCCAGAGGGGUCUCCAUGUUUUUCAGUAGCAUGCUGGCACUACCAAUGUGGGCUGGAAGUCCUAGUGAGAUAUCACUUUCCUUUAUCUGACUGAUAUUGUUCAAUUCUUGAAAAAGAAUAGGGGGAAUGUAGCAAAGCUGUGGCAAAAUGAAACGCUGGUCCGUUUAUUGGAACAUGAAGCGAAGGGUUUACGUGUAAAUGAAAGUGCAGAUUUUGAAACUGUGAAGACUAAGAGUUAUUUGCCGAAGGUCUAAUUAAUGGGCCUGUCUGCAGUAAUAGGGUUUAGUAUGGAGGUUACUGCAUUUGCGAGUAUUACUGUAUAUUUGUUUUAAUGGGCAUAAACAGCCCAUGCCCCAGAAGCUUGUAAAUAUUCAUGUUUACGUCGGUUCCUUCUGCCAUUAACUGUAUCAAAAUCUCAUAGUUAGAUACGGAUUCCCAAGCAAGAGAGAAAAAGUAAACACAAAGUCUGCUUUGUGAUUUUUUUUUUUUUUUAAUUUUUUUUCUGAGGAGCUUUGUAUUAAAUGCUGCUAUUUCUAAUGUUGUGCACUUAAUGUAACCCAGAAAAAGGGACAGAACAUUGAUACCAAAAGGUUUAGUCUGCCAGGUAAACUAGAUUCGCUUUGUCCCAUGUACAGUUAUGCUCCGGUCAUCUUCCUUUUGUUCACAUGUCAAUGCACUUUUUUGCUCUGUAUUUGUUUCAGUCCUUGUCACAGUUCAGUGGCUUAUUUUGUUCUGGAUGAACACUGCUAUUUGCCACUAUUAGGGUCAGUCCACACGAGCAGAUUCGGGGAGAUUAAUCACCCCAACGACAUAUCGUCUCUUCUUUGGGGCAGCAAUCUCUUCACACGUGGCGCUUCGUUUUCCGAAGUUGCCUCACGAGGAAAACGAAGUGCUGCGUGUGAAUUGCCGCAGGCGAUUUUCAUUUUAGCCGGUGCAGGGCAGGGGGAAAGCAGUUCGAUGAGAUUGUCGCCCUAAUGAAGAGACGAUUUAUCGCUGGGGCGACUAAUCUCCCCGAAUUUGCU